AUGUCAAUCUCACAACAAGCUCCGACGCCCAUUUCAAUUACCAUUUGUGGCGAUGGCGGCUGCGGAAAAUCCUCCAUAACCCUCCGUCUCGUGCGUUCGCAAUGGACCUCCGAAUACGACCCCACUAUCGAGGACUCCUACUCCAUCACCCGUAAGAUCGAUGGACAAAACUACCACCUUUCUCUUACAGACACGGCCGGUCAGGAGGAGUACCGCGGCAUGUGGGCCUCUUCGAACCUUGGCGCAGACGCUUUCUUGCUCGUGUACGACAUCACCUCCCGCGACUCCAUCGACGCCCUCCAGUACUUCAACGACCUCAUCGACAUGGAGGCGGAAACGCGCCUCGACAACGCCGAGCGCGCAAAACGUGCCGGCCUCUCACCCUCCUCCUACCGCGAUACUGUAUCCGCCACGCCGGGCGCUAAGACCGUUCCCCCCGUCAAGAUCGUCGCCGGCAACAAGUGUGACCUGCAAGAGUCCCGGGCCGUUCCUGCGGCCAUGGGUCUAGACUGGGCGCGCCGCCGAGGGUGCGGCUUCAUGGAGACGAGCGCAAGGCUUGAGGUCAAUAUUGAGGAAACAUUUGCGCUCAUCGUCCGUCGCGUUGUUGAGGCCAGGCGCAUGGCGGAACUUGGUGUCAACGAAAACAUGGAAAUGGACCGGAGGGGCAUGACCAAGCCGCUGAGUCCCCUACCGGCGGGCAGCGAGCAGAACGAAAAGCGCGGCCCCGGUGUACGGGGUCCGAAUAUUGAUGGCAAGGUCGGCAAGGCAUCGAUAUGGCGGAAGCUCCGAUGCUGGUGA